UGCCUGCACCGGAAAGUGUCCUCCAUGGUGUCAUUGUAGGUUUUCUCGAGGUUGAAUAUUCGUGAAAAAGAAAUGUCUGGGUACACGCCAGACGAGAAGCUCCGUUUCGAGCAGAUUUCAAAGCUCCGGAGGCAGUGGCUGAAGGACCAGGAGCUCAGCCCGAGGGAGCCCGUGGUACAAGCUAAACCUCUGGGCCCCGUCGCCAAGUUCUGGGCUGGCUUUCUGGAGCCCAAGAGCCUGUGGAGACUUUACACCUACAAAGCAUACAGAGGUGGAGUUUUCACAUUAACACGGCUGUUGAUACCUGCUUGGAUUGCUCACUACUAUGUGAAAUACCAUGUUGCUGCAAAGCCAUUUGGCAUUGUGGAAUUGAAACCCAAGCUGUUCCCAGGCGACACCAUUCUGGAGACGGGUGAAGUUGUUCCAGAUCUCCCCGAAACCCAUGGUCAUCACUGAAGUUGAAAUAAUUUCAUCAUUUUCUUGAGUUUCUGUUGUAAAAACUGUGUAUAUGCCAAUAAAAUAUUACAAAGUCAAAAUAUUUUCCAAAUCACUGCCAGAUCACAUCAGUUUAAAGAAAGAAUUGCUGGAAUGGGGUGUAAUGGAAGGAAAAAGUAUUCAAAUACAACACAUUUAUAAACAUCAGUUGAAAGAAAAAAAAAUCACUUUGUUGUAUUUUAUGGAGAGCAGUUAACAUUUUAAAUUUAAACCACUGAAGAUACUCUGGAUUUCCAGGGAGCAUAUGUGCCUAAAAACAUAAUGUUUGUCAAAUGUGUUUGUUGACCAAAUGCUGGGAAAUAUGUUAUUUUUAUUCUGAUAAGACUCAAAGGAUGUAUUAGACACGUUUCACACAACAAUUAACUGGACUGAGAACCCUCACUCGAUAACUAAGAGUGUGAAUGUACAGUAUGUGGUAUCUGACAACAUAAAAACAAGGCCUCAGUGGCUCUUAUUCUGGUAACGACCGGAAGUGUGCUUCUUGCGG